CACGUGAUCGUGCUAGGGGAGAAAACGCCUGACCCCAGCCCCCCGGCCUUUCCCGGCAACGCUUUUCCUUCUGCCAUUCGUUCGCCUUUUGGUCUUCAGACACUUGCGCGUCCCUCCACUCGAUCCCGGGGCCACCCCCGGAACCCUGUCUACCAUGUGGCUCCUGCCUCUGGCCCCAAGUGGGCCGCGGCGGAACAGCCCCCGUCACCUGCCUUCCUGCAGCCCGGCGCUGCUGCUGCUGCUGAGCAGCUGCCUGGGGGUCUCUGGGGUGGCGACGGGCUCUCGGAGGCCCAAUGUGGUGCUGCUCCUCACCGACGACCAGGACGAAGUGCUCGGCGGCAUGACACCACUAAAGAAAACCAAGGCUCUCAUUGGAGAAAUGGGGAUGACUUUCUCCAGUGCUUAUGUGCCAAGUGCUCUUUGCUGCCCGAGCAGAGCCAGUAUCUUGACAGGAAAGUACCCACAUAAUCAUCACGUCGUUAACAACACUUUGGAGGGAAACUGCAGUAGUAAGUCUUGGCAGAAGAUCCAAGAACCAAAUACGUUCCCAGCAAUUCUCAGAUCAAUGUGUGGUUAUCAAACCUUUUUCGCAGGGAAAUACUUAAAUGAGUAUGGAGCCCCAGAUGCAGGUGGACUAGAACACGUCCCUCUCGGCUGGAGUUACUGGUAUGCCUUGGAAAAGAAUUCUAAAUACUAUAACUAUACGCUGUCUAUCAAUGGGAAGGCACGGAAGCAUGGUGAAAACUACAGUGUGGACUAUCUGACAGAUGUUCUGGCUAAUAUCUCCUUGGGCUUCCUGGACUACAAGUCCAACUCUGAGCCAUUCUUCAUGAUGAUCUCCACACCAGCACCUCAUUCUCCUUGGACAGCUGCACCUCAGUACCAGAAGACUUUCCAGAACGUCUUUGCACCAAGGAAUAAGAACUUCAACAUCCAUGGAACGAACAAGCACUGGUUAAUUAGGCAAGCCAAGACCCCAAUGACUAAUUCUUCAAUACAGUUUUUAGAUAAUGCUUUUCGGAAAAGGUGGCAAACUUUACUGUCAGUUGAUGACCUUGUGGAGAAACUGGUCAAGAGACUUGAGUUCAAUGGGGAAAUAAACAACACUUACAUCUUUUAUACCUCAGACAACGGCUACCACACAGGACAGUUUUCUUUGCCAAUAGACAAAAGACAGCUGUAUGAGUUUGAUAUCAAAGUUCCACUGCUGGUUCGGGGACCUGGGAUCAAACCAAAUCAGACAAGCAAGAUGCUCGUUGCCAACAUUGACUUGGGUCCUACUAUUUUGGAUAUUGCUGGAUAUAACCCGAAUAAGACACAGAUGGAUGGGAUGUCUUUAUUGCCCAUUUUGAAAGGUGCCAGCAAUCUGACUUGGCGAUCAGAUGUCUUGGUGGAAUAUCAAGGAGAAGGCCGUAAUGUCACCGACCCAACCUGUCCUUUGCUGAGUCCUGGAGUAUCUCAAUGUUUCCCAGACUGUGUCUGUGAAGAUGCUUACAAUAACACCUACGCCUGUGUGAGAACCCUGUCAGCUCAGUGGAAUUUACAGUAUUGUGAGUUCGAUGACCAGGAGGUAUUUGUAGAAGUGUAUAACCUGACUGCAGAUCCAGACCAAAUCACAAACAUUGCUAAAAGUAUAGACCCAGAGCUUUUAGGAAAAAUGAACUACCGGCUAAUGAUGUUACAGUCCUGUUCUGGACCAACCUGUCGCACUCCAGGAGUGUUUGACCCUGGAUACAGGUUUGAUCCUCGUCUCAUGUUCAACAAUCAUGGCAGUGUCAGGACUCGAAGGUUUUCAAAACCUCCUCUGUAGCAACCUCUGCACUGGGUCCCCGCACGCCUCUGUCUGAAGAAGUGAUUGUAGUAGGUAUCUGUAGCUAGUCCGCAAGACCGCGCCUGGAAGACUUUCUGGACUGGCUCUAGGUCCUGUCUGAAAAGGCAACCCAGUCAGCUGACCACCUUGUGCAAUGUGUUAAACUGUGAACUCUGCCCCUCCGUCAGGGAUGGCUGGCCCUGAUCCCUCGUUCAGCUAAUCACAAAUGCUCCCUUUCCUGGGGUUCCAGUUCCUGAUGAUUCCCCGUGUGGUCAGUCUGAAUUUGUAAGUCCAUUCAGAUAAACGGCAGUACUUUGGGAGGGGGGUAUAUUUUACAGCUCAACCACUUCACUCUCACAAAUGCCAACAUCACACGCCUUGAAUAACCAUCAGAGCAAGAAGUACCACCGUUGUCAGAUUAGUGGAAAUACAUUGUUUAUAAUAUCCACAUCACAAUGUGAUAAGGUCACAAAUUCCAAACCUGUCAACCAAGCACUGUUUUCUGUUGGGUUUUUCUUGUUUUCGUUUCUUUUGCAUUCUGGGCUGGUGCUACACUGAAAGAGAACAGUAAGUUUUUGGUAAAGGCUAAUUCCAGGUAGUUCUAAAAGGUGACAGCCAUCUCCUUCCGGGGGGCUGCUCACCACACGCUAACCACAAGAGGGAACGUCUCUUCUCGAUUAUUACCCCUCUGAGAUCUGAACAACAAAGUGGCUUAGGGAUCUCAGCAGAGAGAAAGAACUUCUAAGGGCUGGUGAAGGUUGCACUUUGAGGGCCUCUGCGGCUGGGCUCACAGCUUGAUGGGUGGAAGGGCUGCAGCUGGGACGGCGUAAGUGCCUGUGUGGCAGGAGCCUGGGUUUGGUUUUGACUCUGCAUUUUGUGGACAUUCUGUUCCUCUAGCACAGGUGACGCGGAGUUCCAGCUUGCUUCACCCUACUCUCUUCCCCUGUAGAGAAGUUCUGCCUGAGGGUUUGGAGUCUCGCGUAAUUUGGGCCUCAUUCACUGUUCCCCUGUCAAAGCCAGACCUUGAGGAGGUUUCCUACAUUAGUAGGUUUCUGGGCUCCAAGACCAAUCUGGUUUCUAUUGGUUUCUUCAGAAGAAAGCUAAUCUGUGGUUGGAACAGCAGGGGGAGGAGGAAGAGAGCUGUGGUUUAUAACCUGUUCAACUCAGGCAAUAGUGAUUUUAGCUUUAUUUAAGGUCUUAGGUCGAGCUUUAAGCACUUUGUAAGACAUGGCUGUAAGCAACAUCUCUAUCAGAACUCCAGAUCUGGAGCCAUGUUGGUUUAAUAGCCUUUGGGUUGUUCCUUUACCUCAUGCAAUCCCAGUAACUGUGGUGGUAUUUAGAGGUGAAACUGGCAAGUAAAAUGAACACCUCUGCUGUGAAUGUUUUAGGGGAAGAUAUUCUAAAUAUUUUGUGAUUAAAAAGCAAACUACAAUGUUACAUAUGGGUAUCAGCUUUAUUCUACACUUUGAUUCUUAACAUUAAUCAGUCAACUUCUACCUUACUCAAAGUUGACCAUAGUUAUUCCCGAAUAAAAAGAAACCAACUCUUACCAGG